GUCGAUUGGCCAAAUUCCCUUUCGCUCCUCCCCCGACAGGAGGCGGGGCAAACUGGGCCACGUGAGGGCCAGGAUUGGGUGGCUCUGGAGGUUCGGGUGCGGCUUCUAUUGUCACGUGGUGUGUGCUGUUUUCUUAUCACGUGGGUGCUGCCCAGGCCGCUCUGCUCCUGUCGCUUCUUUGGAUGCCGGCGCUGUUGCCUGUGGCCUCCCGCCUUCUCUUGCUACCCCGAGCUCUGCUGUCCAUGGCUUCAGGAAGCCCCCCGUCCCAGCCCUCGCCCGCCCCGAGCUCCGGCUAUGUUCCCGGCUCGGUCUCUGCAGCCUUUGUCACCUGCCCCAACGAGAAGGUCGCCAAGGAGAUCGCCAGGGCUGUGGUGGUGAAGCGCCUGGCAGCCUGCGUUAACCUCAUCCCUCAGAUUACAUCCAUCUAUGAGUGGAAAGGAAAGAUUGAGGAGGACAAUGAGGUGCUGAUGAUGAUUAAAACCCGAAGUUCCAUGGUUCCAGCUUUGACAGAUUUUGUUCGUUCUGUGCACCCUUACGAAGUGGCUGAGGUGAUUGCAUUGCCUGUGGAGCAGGGGAAUGCCCCAUACCUGCAUUGGGUGCACCAGGUUACAGAGUCAGUUUCCGAUUCCAGCACAGUCCUACCGUGAUGAGCCUUGUUUCUGCCAUGUUCCCCUUGUAUACUUCCACGCCCUUUGACUUCCAGGUGAUGACUGGGCCCCUAAUAAAUCCUAUCUUUGGUUUUCUCUGC